AACAGACAACGCGUUCCUAAAGCCUCCGGCGUUUUAUAAAACGAGUUCAUGAGCUGUUUGGCCACAAACUUUCGUGCAUUUAUUUCAAUGAAUCAGGUUUUGUACAGCUGUGGUUUUAUACAAAAAUAUUUUCAUUUAUUUUUUUUCAGAAUAAUGUCAAAGCAGAUUAGUUCCGAUUAUUACUGAGGAUGAUAGCGCUACGUGUUCUUGUAUCUUUGUACAUCGUUGCUAAAGCGGUUCAUGGCACCAGCACCACGCCAGCACCCGUUGAGUAUCGAAAAGCAUCGAGAACAUGCUGUGCCAUAUCCGACUCUUCUAGUUCACCGGGAUGUGCGAUGACAAACCUUGUCGCUGGGUUGAAUCUUCAAAUCGCGUUUUCACCGAGUUACCCAAACAGAUUUCCAAUCGAUAGAAUGUGUUCCUGGUCAAUUCGUUGCCGCAAGGAACACCGGAUCCGAAUCGAGUUUCGCGACUUCUACCUGAUAAUGCCAGCGGAACGCGGAUGCGUUGAUCAGUCUGUACUUAUCUGGUCGCCUCUUACUAACAGACAGAUGGGUCCGUUCUGUGGAAACAGCGGCCUUCCUACCAUAGUGUCUGCAGGAAACCUUCUGGUUGUCAAACUGAAAUCUGAAAUACCAGUGUCCGGUGAAGACUACCGCGGGUUCACAAUGGCUUUCAAAGAGACAUCGGAAGACCCGACUAUAGAAUUACAAAUCCCCAACUGGCACAGCAACGAUGCUAUACGGUUAGACGAACCAGCACUCGUAGCAGCUGUCAAUAGACUGCAACCGUAUCCAUCGGGUGUGACGGUACUACCAUCUGCAAGACCUGGCAGAACGGGUAAUUUGAGAAAUCGAACCAGAAACAAUCCGCUACGUCCACGACCACCGUCUCGUAGACCAACCCCUUCACGUCGCCCGGAAGCACCAGACUUCGCCCGGCCUAACGGCGGGAUUUCUAACGGUCGCAAUGUUUAUGGCCAAAACCGAAGGACCAACAUGGGUAUUGCAAGGUAUAACUGGCCACAAAACAAACGAAAAUCCAAGAAAUCGACACUUCCGUUAAAACUUGAAGUUUUGAUUGGAAUUGGCAUUGGAGGGGUUGUGGGAAUUGCCUUUAUUAUCUUUCUUAUUUGCUGCAUCAACCGCAAGUGUAAAGACAACAAGAAUAAACAACCCGAUGUUGUUGCAUCAGCUAAUAACAUUGAGCUUUCAGAACGUGAAGGAGAAAGGGCGUCCGGAUACGUUGCAGAUCGAGGUUCUUCGUCGGCACCCUUGGCCUCACAACAUACUGGCCAUCGUGUUACACAACCUUCGCCUGACACACACACAAAACAUGCUCAACGCGAGAAUAAAGCUUACGUGCCUGACAAUCCAUACUCUUCCUACCCACCCGCAUAUCCGUACCCGAGUCCGAAUCCGCCAAUUUACAACAGCAUGCCACCAAUGGUCGACCCAAGCCUUGCAUAUCAGCAGGGAUACCCGAAUAAUUACGGCCAAGUUGGAAUGUACGGGACCCUUAACCAACCGGUCCAUACACCACCUCCAGUUAUGCUGUACGAUACAGCAAGUGGCGCAAUUUUUAACUCGUCUCAGCUUCAAGUAGUUCCAGCUAACAUGCAACCGAUCCCUGAUACGACGAACCAGCAACCUGAAACUGGACGAAGCUGUGCUAUUCCGUCAACCAGAGACCGCAGUCGUCCAAGAAAAAUGCGGCGCACUCGCAAAUCAGCAACUCUAAACCAGGAACGUACUCGAAGAUCAACUAAACAGAAACCAACUGAACCAUCUGCAACUGCAAGAACUCGCCAAAAACGGAGGAGACAAAAGAAACGGCGUUGACCUUUUAACGGAAAUUCUUCUAAAUCAUUUAAUUCUAGGGUAUAACUUACUUACACUGGUUUCACAAUUUUGAUAAGCGGAUGUGUAUGUCUGUGUUAAAAAGCAAUUUUAAGUUUAUUUGGUAAAACUAUAAAUCGUUGUUUAUAUUUCUCACUCAAUUCUGAAAGCGUCAAUCGCAAUCUCGCAUGUCGAACUUCAUUAUUUAUUAACGUAACAACAAGAAACUAAACGUGCACUUAUAUUGUU